AUGCUACUACUACCCUAUAAAUUCCCUUCUUUUACUCUCAUUUUCUUCAUAAUAGUCAUAGUCGCUCUGAUAAUUAUAGUACAAUCAUGCCAUGACAUUGAUAAAGAGGCACUGCUCGAUUUCAAGGGCAGGAUCACCGAAGACUCUGCCCAACUUACGCGCAGUUGGGUGCCUAACACCAACUGCUGCACGGCCUGGCAAGGUGUGCAGUGUAAUCCUACUACUGGUAGAGUUAUUAGCAUUAUAUUAACCGGAAGAUUUGACGACUCAGACGGACCUUUUAUAGCAGGUACACUCUCCCCUUUUUUAGGUAACCUUACCUAUCUUAAGGUCCUUGACCUUAGAUUCCUAGGUGGGUUAAGUGGUACAAUCCCAUCUCAAUUAGGACAACUCUCCCAUUUGACUCAACUUUAUCUUAGUUUAAACCAAUUAUCUGGUUCAAUCCCAACUCAACUAGGACAAUUGUCCCAAUUGACCCACCUUUAUCUAACCUAUAACAGCCUAAAUGGGUCAAUACCCAUUUCAUUUGGGAACCUUCAUAAGCUAAAACAUUUAGCCCUUGACCAUAAUUCCUUGUUUGGUAACUUACCCAUUUCUCUCCUUCAAUCAUUGAGAUUGUCUUGUAAGACAUUGGAAUUACAAUGGAAUAUGUUUUCUGGUAGAAUCCCAUCUUCAAUAACAGAUAUGAUCUCACUUAAGGUGCUUAAUCUUCAAGGAAAUUUCUUCGUGGGUGGGGUCCCAACUUGUAUUGGCAAAUUAAAGAACCUUACAAACUUGGAUUUAUCAGAAAAUAGUUUUGGAGGAAGUAUACCAGAUUCAAUUGGGAACCUAUCCCAAUUGAAAAUGUUAUAUCUUGACCAUAAUAAAUUCAAUAGAAACAUCCCAAAAACCAUAGGAAAACUCACUAAAUUGCAAGAGCUUUACCUUAACAAUAAUAAACUCAAUGGAACUAUACCUUAUUCUCUAGGACAACUCUCCCAAUUAAAGGUCAUGUACCUUGAUCACAAUAGACUAAGUGGACCUAUUCCUUCUAGCAUUGGUGGGUUAGUUUCUUUGAUAGAUAUUAACUUGAGUCACAAUAGAUUAACCGGUGUCCUACCCAAAUCUAUUGGGCAUCUUUCACAACUUCAACUCAUAAACCUAGAGAACAAUAAGAUUACCGGGAAUUUGCCACCAACAAUGGGAUAUCUUAAAAAUUUGAUCGAAAUAUUUGCGAGAAAUAAUCGAUUUCUAGGAAGAAUCCCCUCGAGUUUUGGUAAUCUUGAUCAUUUAUCGACUUUAGAUUUGUCUAACAAUAAGCUCAUGGGUUCACUUCCGCCUCAACUUGCUAAUCUAAACAUGUUACAAACACUUGAUUUGUCCUAUAAUCCUCUUGGAUUAGCAAAACUGCCCAAUUGGAUUCUUACAUUAGACAAUGUCACAUCUUUGAACUUAGCCAACACAAGGAUAAAAGGGGAGUUACCAAAACAAAUAUCUUCACAAUCUUCAAUACGUGACCUUAAUUUAUCGAAUAAUCACCUAACUGGGAAACUACCCUUAUGGUUUAGGUAUAGGAUGAGCAGUUUAAGUACCCUUGAUCUACACUCUAACAAUCUAUCAGGUCCUUUAAGUAUAGUUUUUGAUAAUAUUAGAGGGUCAUAUUACCUUAUUGAUGUGUCUAACAAUAACUUUAAUGGUCCAAUUGAUGAUAAUAUAGGCAAUAAGCCUGCCAUGAGUUUCGUGUCGUCGUUAAUCUUAUCAUAUAAUCCAUUAGGAGGGUCCAUACCCAAAUCAAUUGGGAAUAUGACCCAAUUGACUGAAUUGAAAAUGGUAGAUAAUGAUCUUACUGGAAGGAUUCCCCAAGAACUUGGGAAUGCUAAAUCGUUGAAUACGAUCUUGUUGUCAAGGAAUAGUUUGAGUGGGAGUAUACCAAAGAAAGUGUUGAAUUUGGAGAAUCUUGCUGUUUUUGAUGUAUCAAGGAAUAAACUAAGUGGGGAAAUUCCUGCUCAUAAGGCUAAUAUAUCAGCUUCAGCAUUUUUGCAUAAUCCUGGGCUUUGUGGGCGAUGUUAUGAGAUAUUGUUUCUAGAUCUCGAUUUGAAAUUAGACAAAUCAGGAAAUUCUAUUAUUUCUGGUGAACAAAAUCCUUCAGGAAAUGCUAAGAGUUCCUUAUUAGUUUCAUUUUUAUAUUUCUUUCUUACUAUGGACUAUGAAUUGAACUGUGUUCGGCCCGUGUUUGAACUAAGAAAAUAUCCUAGAAACUCAUACCCAUCCUGA